GUGCAGCGCGCACGGGCAGGAGGUUGCAGUUGGGCGCUCAGCAGCUGUGGCAGCCGGUUGAGGUCUGGAAGUAGCGUUGGGCUGAAGCAGCGGAGUUCGCCAUGCGCGAGUGUAUCUCUAUCCACGUGGGGCAGGCGGGUGUCCAGAUCGGCAAUGCCUGCUGGGAACUGUACUGUCUUGAACAUGGAAUUCAGCCCGAUGGCCAAAUGCCAAGUGAUAAAACCAUUGGUGGCGGGGACGACUCCUUCAACACGUUCUUCAGUGAGACUGGAGCUGGCAAACACGUGCCCAGAGCAGUGUUUGUGGACCUGGAGCCCACUGUGGUCGAUGAAGUGCGCACAGGGACCUACAGGCAGCUCUUCCACCCGGAGCAGCUGAUCACCGGGAAGGAAGAUGCAGCCAAUAAUUACGCCAGGGGCCAUUACACCAUCGGCAAGGAGAUUGUUGACCUAGUCCUGGACCGGAUCCGCAAACUGGCGGAUCUGUGCACAGGACUGCAGGGCUUCCUCAUCUUCCACAGCUUUGGGGGCGGCACUGGCUCUGGGUUCGCAUCUCUGCUCAUGGAGCGGCUCUCAGUGGAUUACGGCAAGAAGUCCAAGCUAGAGUUUGCCAUUUACCCAGCCCCCCAGGUCUCCACAGCCGUGGUGGAGCCCUACAACUCCAUCCUGACCACCCACACGACCCUGGAACAUUCUGACUGUGCCUUCAUGGUCGACAAUGAAGCCAUCUAUGACAUAUGUCGGCGCAACCUGGACAUUGAACGUCCCACGUACACCAACCUCAAUCGCCUGAUUGGGCAGAUCGUGUCCUCCAUCACGGCCUCCCUGCGAUUCGAUGGGGCCCUGAAUGUGGACUUGACGGAAUUCCAGACCAACCUCGUGCCGUACCCCCGCAUCCACUUCCCCCUGGCCACCUACGCCCCAGUCAUCUCAGCCGAGAAGGCCUACCAUGAGCAGCUGUCUGUGGCCGAGAUCACCAAUGCCUGCUUCGAGCCAGCCAAUCAGAUGGUCAAGUGUGACCCCCGCCAUGGCAAGUACAUGGCCUGCUGCAUGUUGUACAGGGGGGACGUGGUCCCCAAAGACGUCAACGCGGCCAUCGCCACCAUUAAGACCAAGCGCACUAUCCAGUUUGUGGAUUGGUGCCCGACUGGAUUUAAGGUGGGCAUUAACUACCAGCCCCCCACAGUGGUCCCCGGGGGAGACCUGGCCAAGGUGCAGCGGGCUGUGUGCAUGCUGAGCAACACCACGGCCAUUGCGGAGGCCUGGGCCCGCCUGGACCAUAAGUUCGAUCUCAUGUAUGCCAAGCGGGCCUUUGUGCACUGGUACGUGGGCGAAGGCAUGGAAGAGGGAGAGUUCUCUGAGGCCCGCGAGGACCUGGCAGCUCUAGAGAAGGAUUAUGAAGAGGUGGGUGUGGAUUCCGUGGAAGCUGAGGCUGAAGAAGGCGAAGAAUACUGAUGGGAGGGUGUGGUGGGUUCUCCCCUGCCACCCCCAGGAUGGCUGCUUCCAAGUUGUUUGCAAUUAAAGGUUCUGUAUAAAAACCAA